ACCGGCAGGGGCAGCAGACCGGCAGGGUCUGUUCUCUCGGCAGCAAAUGCUGCAAAGGCACAAGGCAGCAAGGCACAACUCCAGCCGCAGGACCCGACGAGCGGCAAGGCAACGGAUUUAGCUCUCGUUAUCGCUUUCGGCUUUCGGGGGCCGUUCGCCGGUCUUGGCGAGUGGGGGCCGAGGGGCCACGUGGGCGUGGCUGGAAGCGAAAGAAGCAAAAGGAAAGCCAGGACUCGGCUCGUCCAAUUUCGGAAAUGGUUCGGACCCCAUGAGUGCGUGCGCCGCCCCGCCGACCGGCAGCAUGGCAGCGCCAAGGGAAGAGUCAGCGUCCUCCAGCAACCGCCGUCACUACCUGGGCGUCGUCUGCCUGCUGGUCCUGGCCGCUGGCUGGAGCGAGAGCCGCACCAUCUUCAACUACGAUGUUGUAAAUGCUUUGACAGGGGACGGCAACUUCCUGGAGAACGGCGCGGUCCUGGAGUCCUACGAGGUGUGCGAGACCCGGGCGUGCCGGGCGGCGGCCCGUUCCUUGCUCGAGUCACUCAACAUGUCCGCCAACCCCUGCACGGACUUCUACGACUUCGCCUGCGGAGGCUGGAUCUCCAAGCACCCGGUGCCGGCCACCGAGUCCCACUUCAACCACUUCAACGAGGCCGAGGACCGCCUGCAGCACCAGCUAAAGGGGAUCCUGGAGUCUGAGGCCGGGCCCGAGGAGCCGGUGCCGGUCCAGCAGGCCAAGGCGCUGUACCAGACGUGCCUCAACACCGACGGCGUGGAGGCGGAGGGACUGUCGCCGCUGCUCACGGAGCUGGCCGUGCUGGGCGGCUGGCCGAUGGCGAUGGAGGAGGACGCCUGGGACGAGGCGGCCUUCAGCUGGCAGGCCGCCGUCACGCGCAUGCUGGGCCAGUGGUCCAUCGGGCCGCUCUUCAUCAUGUACGUCUUCACGGACAAGAUGGACUCCUCCAGGAACAUCAUCACUCUGGACCAGCCCGGGCUGACGCUGGCGCGCCGCAUGCUGGUGGAGCCGGCGGCGUACCGGCCGCAGCACGCCGCCAUGCUGGCCUGGAUGUCCGGCGCGGCGCUGGAGCUGGCCAGGGCGGCGGGCAGGCCGCUGGACCCGCAGCACGUCACGGAGCAGGCGCAGCAGGUGGUGCUCUUCGAGGCGGAGCUCGCCAAGAUCACGACGCCGCCCGAGAGCAGGCGCGACGGGUUCCGCAUCUACAACCCCCGCACCGUGGCGGAGCUGCAGACGUGGACCAGCGCGGUGCGGCCCGUCCGCGCCGACUCGGAGCCGCGCUGGCUGGACGUGCUGCGGGGCAUGACGGCCGCCAGCGGCAUCACGGUGGACGCGUCCGAGCGCAUCGUCGUCAAGGAGCUGGACUUCGUGCAGAAGCUGGUCUCGCUCGUGGACCGCACGCCGCGCCGCGUGCUCGCCAACUACAUCUGGUGGCGCCUGGUGCGCGCGCUCUCCGGCGACCUGACGGACGCCAUGCGCCAGCUGGCCUUCCAGUUCGACCGCGCGCUCAUCGGCACCCUGGAGGACACGCCGCGCUGGAAGGACUGCGUGCAGCGGACCAGCAGCUUCCUCGGCUUCGCCGUGGGCUACGAGUACGUGCGGCGCCACUUCGACGACGCGGCCAAGCAGUCCGCAGUGGCGCUGGUGCGCGACCUCCGCGCCUCCUUCGCCGCGGACAUGGCGGCCGUGGCCUGGAUGGACGCGGACACGCGCGACGCGGCGCUGCACAAGGCCAGGGCCAUGACGGAGUUCAUCGGCUACCCCGAGUGGUACGCCAACGCCUCCGCGCUCGAGCACCACUACCGAGGGGUGUCCGUCGGCAGCAGCCACUUCCGCAACACGCUGGGCAUGAGGAGCUACCUGAUGCGCCAGGCCGUCGUCAAGUUGCGGAAGCCCGUCGACCGCCUCGAGUGGCUGACGGGACCCGCCGUCGUCAACGCGUACUACAACCCUGGGGCUAAUUCCAUCAUCUUCCCCGCCGGCAUCCUCCAGCCACCCUUCUUCAGCCGCGGCCGCGUCGAGGCGUUGAACUACGGCGGCGUCGGGGUCGCCAUCGGCCACGAGAUCACGCACGGCUUCGACGACAUGGGCCGGCAGAGCGACGCGCAAGGCAACCUGGCGCAGUGGUGGAGCGCGGCCACGCUGGAGACGUACCUCCGCAAGGCGCAGUGCAUCGUGCAGCAGUACGACGCAUACCGGGUGCCCGAGAUUGACGGGCUGCUGGGCAGCGCCGCCACGGUGAACGGCGUGACCACGCAGGGCGAGAACAUCGCGGACAACGGCGGGCUGCGGCUGGCCUACAAGGCCUACCAGCGCUACCUCCAGCGCGCGGGGCCGGAGCCGCGGCUGGUGGGGCUGGAGGAGUUCACCCCGGAGCAGCUCUUCUUCCUGGGCUUCGGCACGACGUGGUGCGAGUCCACGACGCGCGAGUCGCUGCUCAACGAGGUGCUGACGGACGCCCACGCGCCGCACCGCUUCCGGGUGCAGGGCUCGCUGGCCAACUCGAGGGAGUUCGCGGCGGCGUGGGGCUGCCCCACGCAGCAGGCCGCCGCCCAGCCCCAGUGCCUCGUCUGGUAGGGGCCUAGGGGGUGUCCCCGGGACACUCAGACUGAACAAGAACAACCCGCGGCGGGACGGAGCCGCCACCGACUGAGCAGACAAGCAGACUAUGUAGCAGACACAGCGGCGGCCUCGCCUUGGCCUCGCCAAUCAACAGACCCGCAGACAAAAGCACAAGACUUAUUUAUUUCCCUGAAAUAAACGGCCAGUUGUGAAGAUGACAAUCUGAGAAAUGUACAACGAUGCGUAUUUGUAAAUCCAAGAAAAAUAAAAUAAUUUGAUAAACAUUUUUUACAAAA